AGCCGACGAAUCCUUCACUUCAAAUUCAUCGAGCCAAGGACGAACAUCGUGCGUGUUGGAGAAAGUUUUAUUCUGGAAGAAAGUGUUCUGGUGAAAAAAUAGCUAAAAGUUCGUGAUAUUUUCGAGAAAGAUUCUUGGUGCUCCAAAAACAGCUGUGAAAAAACCUGUGAAAAUUGCGAAUUUCUUCGAAACAACAGCGAGUGUGGCGAAAAGUGAAAGAAAAUGGUGACCGGAAUCGACGAAAGCAAAACGGCGGAAGCCGAAUUCGAACAGCAACAGCAGGAGCAGCAGCUGGACGAAAGCUGCUCGGAUGAUUCGGAUGCCGGACCGGCCGGGGCGCUCUCGUCCAAGUUCGAUCGGACCGAUGUGUCCAUCAACACCAAUCCGCUGCCGUACGGAAAGUACACCCUGAUUGGCAUCGACAUUGAUACGACGGGUCGUAGACUGAUCGAUGAAAUAGUCCAGAUCUCCGCCUACACGCCGGAACACCAGUACUCGCAGUACAUCAUGCCGUUGAUGAACCUGAAUCCGGCCGCUCGACAGCGUCACCAGGUUCGCGUCAUCACCGUUGGGUUCUUCCGCAUGCUGAAGAGCAUGCAAACGUACCGGGUGGUGAAGACCAAGACGGAGAUCUCCGCCCUGAACGAGUUCAUCAACUGGCUGGAGGAGCGGUACCGGGAGGACGAAGGUUCCGAGGGGAUUGUGCUGAUCUACCACGAGCAGCGCAAGUUCGUUCCGUACAUGCUGAUCGAGGCCGUGAAAAAGUACAAUCUGCUGGAUCGAUUCACCGGGCUGGUCAAAUCCUUUGCCAACGGUUUCAAGCUAGCCGAGGAGAAGUGUACCAAGACCAUCAAAUACUUUUCGAUCCGACAGCUGGCCAAACUGGUGCUGGACGAGAGCGAAGCCAAGGACGGAUUCGAAGGAAAUGCCGCGUACAGGGCCCGAUUGGCAUAUCAGCUGGCACGGCGAUUGUCCAAAGAAGACGACAAAGCAUCGACAAGCGACUCCACCCAGGUGACGGCCGAGUGUGAAGAGACCCAAUCGAACGACGAAGCCGAAUCCGAGGAAGGCGCUGUCGGUGGCUCGAGCGCAGCCGAAGAAGAGACCAAAUCGCAAGAACCAAACGCAACAGUUGACGCCGAGAAUAAUAGCAGCAGCCCUCCGAGCCCUCAGUGUCAACAGAACGACUCCGAUGACGAUCGGCAUCAGACCGAUGUGGACGCUGUGACCGGUCAGGUGACGACAGUUCCGGAACCGCAACCUCGCUCCCGGCCCACAACCGAAGCCGAGCGGGAAAAGAUGUGCUCCAUUCUGUGCGAUCUGGCCUCGCCGAUCACGUGCGAAAUCUCCGAGCUUGACGAGCAGGAGAACAUUCUGGCCCGCCAGAACUCCCUUCGGCCGGUGUUUUUGCAGUACUUCAAGACGACUAUUUAUCAUAGAGUUAAGGCCGUAACCUACAGACGAGUGCUGGCCGAGUACGGACACGAUUUUGCAUCGCUCCAGCAGAUCUGGAACGACAGCAAGCGGGAAGGUCUCGAAGUGGUGGUUAGCAAAAUCAGCGAACUGAAAGAGGAAGAGCGCACCGAACUGGUCGAGCUGCUGGAUUGCCACUUCGACCCGGAGAAGCAGCAACUAAAACCGGUGGUAAAACGGACACGUGGUCGUUCCACGAGAGGCCGCAUGUUCUUCGGCAACAAGAGUAACAAUAUGUCGGUCAAUAGUACCGAUGCCGGUGGAAAUUACAAUGCCGGCAACAAUGGCAAGGAAAACCGCAAACCCAUGCAUGCCAACAGUCGCAACAACAGUUACCACAACAACAGUGGCGUCGAUAUGAACAACAACAACAACCAGGGAGGUGGCAAGAACAACUACCACAACAACAGCAACAAUAGUCAACCGCCAUCCCCGAAUGGUGGUGCCAGCGGUAAGAAGUUCCGCCAGCGUCAGCAACGGCGUCGACGCAGCCACCCGGGUGUCCGACAGAACGCCAUGAAUCAACAGCAACAACCGCAGAUGAUUCAUGCCAAUGCUUGAACAGCAGAGGCGCAGGACGGCGCUCUCUUCCUCUCCGUCGCCGGUCGAAGUGGAUUCGAUAAUAUUGAGAAAACAGGAAAAAAACUGAUAUGAAUUGGAUUCCUUACGUUUAGUUAUGUAAGUGCUGCAGCAGAUUAUUAUUGUGUCUUAAGUUUUGCGAGGAGGGCGUUCCGUAUUCAAGGUGGCCAGCCAGAGCCAGAUUUGCCGGGAAGCUUCGUUUCAGAAGAUUCCCCAAACUUUUAGAUUUAGGUAGUAUGAACCAGAGUAAGCUGCGUGUUACGAAGGGGUGUUAUUAGUUGAUAACUGAUCGAUGUUUUUUUAAAAGUCUCAUGUUUCUUCGUAGAUUUUUAAACAUUACAUUAUUGUAAUCCAACCAUUAUUUUUAUAUUUACACCAUUUAUUGGAGCUGUUUUAGAGUCAAAAUACUCUUAAAAUUGCUUUUGGAUUUUUUGUUGGAAAUGAAAAAGCGAUUGCCACAGGCUCCCGGGCACAUCUCGGAGAAGAAAGCGCGCGUUUCUCCGUGCUUGGCCUGUUCGGAAACCGCCGGCAGCUCGUCUUUUUUGCAUCACAUUCAUUACGGCUAGAAAGUUGAACGCAACCAAAAACUGAAUAUACUGGAAGAUUGUAACCUUGAUUGAAAUGUAACGAAAACCAGCCGCGGUACCAGAUUAGGAUGAGAGCGUAGAAACUGCGGAGAUUGAAGAAGAAGAAGAGAGAUUUGGCAAAUAUGAUUUCUUGUUAGGAUUUCGCACUCAUUAGGCUAGGAUCGCGCUGUUUUCGAAAAAAACACCCAAUAUUAUUAUGUUAUGAACGGAUUUAUGAUCUUGAAUAAUGUUUGAAAUGAUUUGAAUUUGUCGGUUUAGGAAAUGCAAGGCUCUUGACCGUCUGCGACGAGUCGGAAGUUCUUGUUCAAUGCAAAAUAAAAAAGCGAAAGCAACCAAAA